UUCUGAAUGAUAAUAAAGUAUAGUUUUAAUAACAUUCCUUCAUUUCAACAUCCACUCCGUGUGGUUAGUGGUUACCUUACAGCAGAGGAAUAGGUCGUGGUCGCGGCGGCAGAAGCAUGGGACGCGGUGGUGUUGGUGGUGGACGCGGCGGUAGCGGCAUGUCAAAGGGUAUUGGGAGAGCACUAACAAGGUUUAGGCUGCAUAGAGGGACCGUAUUACCUACUUUUUCCUCUGAUGCUCCUAAUUUUAUCCUCAAACACAAAUCAUCAACAACAGCUGCUACCUGUUGUUCUUCCAGUGACAACAAGACUAUACCCUUUUUGCACCAUGUAUUUGACAUGCAUGAGCAUGACUCUGAGUGGGUUUCUGUGGAUUCUUCUCAAGGUGUUGUUUGUGGGGUUAACCCCCCUUCAAAGAAUGAGGUUGAAGAUGCUGUCCUUACAAUUCAACAGCUGUUUGGGGAUCCUUUUCCGCGUCUUAGGGACAGACAGGACAACGAACAAGGGCAUAUCACAAAACCUGGUUCAGACAGACAGGACAAUGAACAAGGGUAUAACUCAAACCCUUGUUCAGUUGACCAUGUUUCUGCAGUUGGUUCUGAGAUAGAUUGGACAGAACCUUCUUUUAGUCCGUAUAAUUCAAUUUCAAAUACGCUCCAAGUUAAUGGAUAUGAUCGAGUUUACUAUGCCCUUCAUUUAUUGCAGACUGAUCCAUCUGUUCAGAGAAUAGUGAGGUCAUUAUCAACUGAUGAAGCUGUUUGGGAUGCUGUACUGAACAAUGAAGUUGUGCAGGAACUCAGGGAGUUAAUCUCUGCAGGUGAAGAGAAUGUGUCUCAAAGCUUUGAUGGAAAUGGAAUAUCUGAUAGUGACUCACUUAAUGCAGCAGAUUCAAAUGUUGUGAUAUGGAUUUUAAGUACUGCCAAGUCCAAAUUCAUAGAAACAAUUGAACAAAUUACUAAGAUAGUGACCAAUUUAUUUCAACGUGCAUUCAACAAGACAAGUGUGGAUGCAGGAGAGAUUUAUCUGUUUAAUGAGAAGCUUAGAGCAUCUUUCAUGAUCUCCAUCAUGGUAAUGUUAAUUGUGAUGGUUACUCGGCUCCAUUGCUAUGGCUCGAGAUAAUUCGACGACUUGACCACAAUUCUCUGACUCUUAAUUUGCAGACAACAUUCUGAAUGAGAUCCUUUUUGUUUUUUGGUCAUUUUAUUUCUGCUUUUGAGUAAAUUUGCAGACAAGAUGUAUGAUACAUUAAUUUUGCAUAUUAAUUGUGAAUGUCUGCAGUUUAUAUCAAUC